AUGGCUCACGUUGCUCGCCGCACGCAAACCAACGACAGUAUCGGUGCCCGGGUGGUUGAAGACGUAGGGCGCUCUCGGCGCAUCCGGAUCGACGACAGCAAUGCUGGAAUGCGCAAUCUGAACUCGCGAGCCCGAGAUCAGAAUUCAAUGGGCCGAUUCGGCGCCUCAGGAUACCUCAUGGAGGUUACCGCACAACCCCCAAGCUCUGCCCGUCCGGGCCAGCCCAUCCGGGCCACCGUCACCAUCCGCCUCCGCCGCUCUCGCGCGGCCCCCGACAGCGAUCUAGAAGACGGCCGCCUGCUCGCAGUCGCCACCGCCGUCGUCCGGGGCCCUGACGGCGCUUACGUGCCAAUCGGCCCAGACGCCCUGACGGGGCCGAGACUGUUCGACUCCUUCCACCCCAUCGAGAACGACGCCGACGACGUCGUGGGAUACGCAUACUUCCCGGACCUUGCCAUUGGGCAGGAGGGCAUGUGCAAGAUCAGGAUCGCCCUGAUCAGAGUCACCGCCGGUCAGGGCGAGACGACCGAGAUCGUAGACACGCGGUCGAUCAUUAUCGGAAGGAAUUGA